GCUACCUGCGGGCGGGGGCGGGCCUGGGAAAGUUUGUCUCUGUGGUUGGCUGCGCCGCGCGGCGCGGCCGGUCGGGGCGGGCGGGCGGCUCCGUGCGCUCGCAGGGCAGCGAGCGGCCGGCCGAGGAGCGGCCGCCGCCGGUGCCCCCGGGCUAGCCCAGCCUGCGCGCCCGCGGUCCCGUUCGCCUAGGGAGAGGCGCCGCGCAGCCCUGCCAGCAUGGGGCACCGCGGGGAGAGGGCGUCCUGCCUGCCUCUCCUCCUCCUCGUCCUGCUGCUGCUCGCUUUCUGCAGAGGGCGCAUUGUGAGAGUGCCCAAAGGUCCCCUCAUUCGAGUGGUGGGCACGGAGGUGGCGAUCCCGUGCAGCGUUAGCGACUAUGACGGCCCCAGCGAGCAGAACUUUGACUGGGAGUUCUCCCGGGACACUGACUUCGUGCGGAUAGUGAGUACCUGGGAUUCUACCUUCACCUCUGAGGAGUACCAAAAACGCGUGGGCCGCGGGGAUAUCAAACUGAGACGGAGCAGCAACGAUGCUGUGGAACUUGUGAUUAGGAACAUCCAGCCAGCUGACCAAGGGAGAUACAAAUGUUCCACGCCCAGCACUGAUGCCACCGUUCAGGGAAAUUAUGAUGCAGAGGUCCAAGUGAAAGUGAUUUCCGACGGCUUGUCCGUGAGCGGUUCCAAAGCUCGUUCCUCGACAUCCCUCCGGCUGUCUGAGGGUGACUCCUUCAAGCUGCGCUGCUCAGCCACCACCACCUCUCCGGAGCACACUCACCUGCACGUCACCUGGCAGGUCAGGAGCGGCUCCUCUUGGCGGGACGUCCUGUCUUUGACUCACGAGGGCAAGUUCCAGCCGGGCCCCGGCUACGAGGAGCGCUACCGCAGCGGGGACAUCCGCCUGGACACGGGAGCCAACGACACGUACCGGCUCUCCGUGUCCCAGGCCUCCUCCGCGGACGGCGGGGCCUACCGCUGCCUCGUGAGCGAGUGGGUGAGAGGGGCGGACGGCUCGUGGCAGAAGAUCCAGGAGAAGAGCGUGGAGAUCGCCACUGUGUCCAUCCAGAGGACCGCUCUAGAUGUGGUCAUCUCAACCAGCAAUGUGUCUGUGACCGAAAGAGACUCCCUGGAUCUUACAUGCAACAUCACAACAGAUAGAAGUGGUAUUUUCCAAGCAGAGGUGAUGUGGUAUUUUUCUGCAUCACCUGAUGACACCUUGUCAGAUGCUCAGCUGUUGCUGAGCAUGGACCACGAUUCUGUUGUCAGUGAUUCAACUCUCAUCAGCCUCAGCCAUGUGGACAGGAACUCCUAUCGCCUCUUGGUGCGUGACGUGGAUGUGGAGGACUCUGGCUACUACUUCUGUGAAGCUGCUAUCUGGGUGCCCCUGCACAAUGGGAGCUGGCAUAAGGUGGUGGAGAGGACCUCUGCACCAGUCAGUGUGGUGGUGACAGCGCUGGAGCCAGACUAUGACGUGUACCUGAAUGCCUCUAAAACACCCAAGUUUUCAGAUGACCCCACAGAGCUCAACUGCAGGAUCACAAAUGUCCAGGACACCGAGGCAAACAUCCGCUUCACCGUGUCCUGGUACUACAGGCAGCGCCUGCCCGGUGACGACGUGGUGCCAGAGGAGCUCCUGGCUUCCAUGGAUGCAGACUGGGCUCUGCUGCCUGGGGACAGGGGCAGAGAGCGGAUUCAGAACGGGGAAAUCAUCUUGUCUAAAAAGUCUGCUGACACCUUCAGUUUGAGAAUCCAGUGGACUUCAGAGAGUGACAGAGGGGAUUAUUUCUGUGUCAUCUCGGCGUGGAGUAGGCACCGUAACAACAGCUGGGUGAAGAGCAAAGAUGUGGCUUCUGCAUCUGUCAACAUUUUCUGGGCUACACAAGAUUACACGCUCACAGUGGAGGCGGUGAAAUUGAAGCCAUUCUUUGUAGCAGGCCACACCUUUGAGAUGACGUGCAAAGUGUCCUCCAAGAACAUCAAGACGCCGCGCUACUCCGUCCUCAUCACGGCCGAGAAGCCCCUGACGGACCAGUCGAGUCCCAACGGGACCACUCGCAUCAUCUCCUUGAACCAGGACUCGGUGGUGCGGCUGGAGGACUGGACGGACCAGACCCGCGUGGACGGGGUGGUCCUGGAGAAGGUGCAGGAGAACGAGUUCCGCUACAGGAUGUACCAGACCCAGAUCUCGGAUGCCGGGCUGUACCGCUGCGUGGUGACCGCCUGGUCUCCAGGUGGCGGGGGCAUGUGGCGUGAAGCGGUCAAUGGCUUGUCCAACCCUAUCCAGAUAGACUUCCAGACAUCAGGUCCUGUGUUCAAUGUCUCGGUGCACUCUGACAGCCCAACGAUUUACCAGGGUGAGGUGGCAGAUUUGCUGUGCAUCGUCACAAUGGAAGGAAUGCCACUCGAGCCAGAUGACAUGUCCUUUGAUGUCUCCUGGUUUGCCGUGCGCUCCUUUGCCCUGGACAGAGAGCCCAUCUUGCUGGCCUCUCUGGACAGGAGGGGGAUUGUGACCCAGGGCAGGAGGAACGGGAGCAGCGAGCUGAGCCUGGAGAGGAUCAGCCCUCUGGAAUUCCGGCUGCGCGUGUACGGCUGCGAGGACCACGACUUUGGGAACCACUACUGCCUGGUGACCCCCUGGGUGCGGUCUGCCACCGGCGUGUGGCAGCGGGAGCCCGACAUCAGAGCCAAACCCAUCUUCCUCUCUGUGAAAAUGGAUGUUCUGAAUGCUUUCAAGUACCCCCUGUUGAUCGGCAUCGGCCUGGCCACAGCCAUUGGACUCCUAUCCUGCCUUAUUGGCUACUGCAGCUCCCGCUGGUGCUGCAAGAAGGAGGUGCAGGAAACGCGGCGCGAGCGGCGCCGGCUCAUGUCGAUGGAGAUGGACUGA